AUGGGGAUAGAAAGCAGGUCACUACCGAAUUCAACUGGAAUAUGCGCGCAUGACUACAUACUGGAGGAUUGCAGCGCAAUAUUGCAGUUUUUGAAUCUGGAGUUUGUGAUUGGUGUCAAGAUUGAUUGCGCUCUCAUGCAAUCUGAAGUGUCCAAGGAGGCUGGAUCCAAGUCGUUCCUGAUGACUCUCCGGUCAAAAUUGGCCUCGAUGGGAUAUGGUCCAUGGGAUCUCGCAAUACGGAAAAAUGCAAGUUCCCUGCCUUCAACGACACGGUCGAGCAGCUUUCAAUCAGAUCUAAUCCACGCGUUAAAAAAACGACAGCGCCAUCGCGAACUUCAGGCCCCAGGAAACCCCGUCGGCGUCAAGCAGAACGCUCAUUGA